GCGCUGCCGCCGAGCUCCCUGCUGUGAGCGGUCAAGACCCCUGAGGUCCAGCGGAGAAGUGACCGAUAGGAGAAGUGUCCAGUGUCCGGUGUCCUGAGACCCCCGAGCCCCCGGGGGGCGCCAUCGCUCCGCUCGAUGGUCAGGAGACACGGCGUGCGUGAGCUCGGAGACGCGGUGGAAGGGACCACGUCUCCACCCGGGGCCUGGAUGUGUGCGAGAACUUCAUGGGCCUCAAGGACCACCUGGAGGAGGACGUGGGUCACAUCCUGGACCUGGGGCUGGAUCUGAACUACCUCCAUGUGGAGAGCAUGGACCGCCCCCCCGGAGCGAGCGCUCUCGCCGCGGUUGUUGUGGAGAAGACCGGAGCUCAGGGCGGCGGCGGCGGCGGCGGCGGCGGCGGCGACCUGUCCGCGGGAGAGUCCGAGGAGAGCGCCGGGUCCGACGGCGAAGCGGAGCGCGCCCGUCCGGCGGCCACGCCCCCGCCCCCACCGUCCGAGACCCCCGCGGAGGAUGAGCCCGAGCGGCGCGACGCGACCCAGGAGUACCGCGCCAAGGUGGAGUUUGCGCUCAAGCUGGGCUACAGCGAGGAGCUCGUGCGACUGGUGCUCAGCAAACUGGGUGCCGAGGCGCUCAUCAACGACGUUCUGGGCGAGCUGGUCAAACUGGGCGGCAGGGCGGAGCCGGAGACCCCGGGGCCGCCGGCUCCGCCUCUUCCCCCUUCGUCCUCCGGCUCCUCCUCGUCUUCGUCUUCCGUCUCCUCGCCGUCGGGCGUCUACCGCCGCGGUUCCGGCUGCCAGCGGCCAGAUUCCCCCCUGGGGCCCGCGGACGAUGCGGAAAACCUGCGACCGAUCGUCCUGGACGGCAGCAACGUGGCCAUGAGCCAUGGCAACAAGGAAGUGUUCUCAUGUCGUGGCAUCCAACUGGCAGUGGAUUGGUUUCGGGACCGCGGUCACAAGGACGUGACCGUGUUUGUUCCGGCCUGGAGGAAGGAGCAGUCGCGGCCAGACGCCCCGAUCACAGACCAGGAGAUCCUGCGGCGGCUGGAGAAGGAGAAGGUGCUGGUGUUCACGCCGUCGCGCCGCGUUCAGGGUCGCCGCGUCGUUUGCUACGACGACCGUUUCAUCGUCAAACUGGCGCACGAGUCGGACGGCAUCAUCGUCUCCAACGACAACUACAGGGACCUGGCCAACGAGAAGCCCGAGUGGAAGAAGUUCAUCGACGAGCGGUUGCUCAUGUACUCCUUCGUCAACGACAAGUUCAUGCCCCCCGAUGACCCUCUGGGGCGUCACGGCCCGAGCCUGGACAACUUCCUGAGGAAAUGGCCCAUGUUUCCGGAGCAGAGAAAGCAGCCCUGCCCUUACGGAAAGAAAUGCACCUAUGGGCACAAAUGCAAGUUCCACCACCCGGAGAGGGGCCCCCAGCCGCAGCGCUCGGUCGCCGACGAGUUGAGGGCCAGCGCUCGCUCCUCCAGGGGCCUGGGAGAGGCGGGGCUCGUCAAGAGCCACAGCGCCCCCUGCCCCCCCCGGCCCGAGGGGAAGCGCCCUGCCCCCAAGAGGCAAUCGGAGCCCGCCUUGCGCACCUACUCCUGCGGCGACCUGGAGGACCGGUCGGAGGGCGGGGCCGAAGCGGAGGGGGGGCGCAGGAGCAGCGCACCGCCCCCGGCGCCCAGCAUCGCCUCCUCUCUAUGCGGCCAUGCCCAGGAUGCAAAAGGCCACGCCCACGUGGGCGCGGCCCCCUUCUCGUACCCGGAGCUAUAUUCCCGGUGCGGUUCUCCGGACCUCAGCUACUACUCGGUGAUCAACGGCUGCUCGGCGCUGAGCCUGUCGGCGGAGCCGCUCGACCCGCGGGGGGCGUCGGAGGCGUCGGACUGCAGCAGCGAGGGCAGCGUCAGCGGCGGCAGCAGCUGCGACUCGUACGGCUGCGUCGUGUCGCCGGAGGAUGGCCACAAGUGCCGGCACAGCCGCCGCCCCCCGUACCCGGCCUACCUCCGGCCGCACCCGCACCCGAACCCCCACCCCCACCCCCACGUCUACCACGGUUACCCGGAGUCUGUGGCUCGGGUGCAGAGCUUUGGCCUCGACGACUCGCUCCCCUGCUUGCCUUCGCGCUUCCAGCACUCGGGCGUGGCGACGCGUUCCGGUUUCCCGGGAGACCGAGCCCCGCUUCCCCAGAGCCCACCUCACCUGGCGGCGUCCCCCCCAGCCCGCGCCUCGCUCUCUACCCAGGCCGAGGGCUCCUCCGACUCCCGCCUCUACCAGCAGUGCGCGCCGCGGUCCUACGACAGCUGGGACUCAUACCGCAGCCUCCGGCACUCGUACCCAGAGCCGAGGCUCCACCCGCACCUGCCGGCCGCUCCUCCCCCGCAGCCCUGCUACCAGCCCUUUGCCUUCCAGGGUGUGCCCGAGAACCGGGAGCGGGCCUGGCGCCAGCCCUGGGGCCACGCCCCCAACGCCGGGCGCCCGCUCUCAGAGCCGCCGCCCCUCAGCCGCUACCAGGACGUGCGCGAGAAAGUGUUCUCGAACCUCUGCAACAUCUUCCCGGCCGAGCUGGUCAGGCGGGUCAUGGCCAGGAACCCUCACGUCACCGAUGCCCAGGAGCUGGCGGCAGCCAUCUUGGCCGAGAAGUCGACCGGGUUCUGAUCCGACGGCCCAUCGGCGCUACUCGUGACGUGGUUGCGGUAGCACUGAGGUCUUUACUGCGAGAGUGUGUGUGCGCUGUGCCUGCUGGUCACAGCUCAAAGUGCGUGUGUGUGAGAGAUGUUUUUGUUCGAGUCGCUCUUGGUUCUAUUUAUUUUUCUGUAUUGUAUUAUAAUUUUUCAUGGUUCAUAUGUUCAGUGGGAGACGGUGGGCGUGGAGGUCGGGGCCCGAAGGCACUUUUUCCGCUGCUGUUCAUUAAGACGCGGCGUGGCGAUGAAACUCGGCAAUCGGACGCAACGCCACAGGUCUCAUGUACUUGUCACACUUUUUUUUUUUUGAAGUCUGAAAAUGACCGUAGGAGAAAGAGGGCGUGGCUGGCUAAUUUACAUAAUUUGGCAAAAUCUGAUUCUUAUUUGCCUCCGAAAGUCAGAAUUCAGUGUCUGGACCAGGAGGGAAACGCACUCUGUUGAUUCGAACCCAAACAUGCUGAUCGAGUGCCGAGGGGCACGUGGUGAGUGCUGGUGUUGUAGUGUCACUCAUUUUAAUUACCCAGAAUUCCUUGCAUAUUGGCUAUGAUGUGCACCACGGUACGUGUGUGCUGUGCCUCCCGCUGGGUUCGAGCUCCUCUCCACUGUCAUUUACCCUCUUUACCUUUCUCUUUUUGUUGCUUUUAAGUAUUUUUUAAAAAAAUCAUUUCUAUUCCCAAAAAUCACAUCACUGAAAACACAUGACUGGUUUUUGAGGAUAUGCAAGUGUGUGUGUGUGUGUGAGAGAGAGAGGGCUCUGCUGCGAUGUCAUUCUAAUUUAUUUUCACUAUUGUUUUUUUAAUGCCUUGUUUUUGAUGUCUUUUCAUUUUCUGUCGCAGUGGAACGGUUGAUAAUAACGUGCGAAAUAUGAAACUGCAGCUGAUUGUCACGGUGCGGCGAAUGAUCGGUGAGGGACGUUUCUGCCCCGGGUUCACUGCCGGCUGCUAAACCUAACCCUAACCGUAUGCUUUGGUCGGCCUUUCCUCGACUCCUUGGCAGGAAGACGCUCCAAGGGGACUUAGCCAAACAAAGUUGUGCAACGGGCGGCUACAGCCGUGCCGUUAACUCGCUAGCAAGCUGGCUUCACGUUGCUAUGGUGACGACUUCAAUCAGCUGCAGUCGGUGUGCACCGGGUCGAGUCCCCUCAGCGCGACCUUCCGUCAAGUUCGACCCGAGCAUCGAGGUCCUGGCGACGCUCUUUGUACCGCGGUCACCGGCCUUGGCUCGAAACGCCGUUCGCUUCGCCGCCAGCCAGCACGAAAGCUUCGGGGCGUAAAAAACCCUGUCAGUUGAUACAAAUUGUAUCUUAUUAACUUUAUUGCAGAUUUUUAAAAAAAAUAUAUAGAAAUAUAGUGGAAGCUAUACACAGUAUAUAUGGCAAUACGUUUGUACAGUAGUUUACAGCGGUCACAACACUGACGACGAACAACACUUGACCGUUUCUUUCCAGUCAAGUGGGUUCGAGUGUUGGGAUGGGUUCGACGGGGGCGCCGCGAUCGACGCGAUGCCUCCUACACACGUGUGGUGGGGAAAGACCAUGCCAAUUUUAACAAGUAAUAAUCUGGAUGGAAAAGAAACUACCAUUCGCAUGACAUCGUGUGACAUUUUCUGAGCGUCGGCGACCAAGACGAGUCGAGGUUUGGGUUUUACCCACAAUCCUCAGGGCUCCCCGAUGCGUCGCUCCCUCAACUGUAGCUGCGGCGGUAGUUGUAGAUUAUAGUAUAAAGCGGAGAGUUGUUUCCAUCUUAUCGCUCCGUUGACAGCGAAGUGAGAAGCGCUGUAGCGGAAUACACUGGCUCUUCCUCGUGAUCAACAAUCAGCUUAUGAAUUUUUCCCGUUUACUUUUAAUUGCAUCCGUCACAUUGAUUUGCCUGAAAUAUUUGUUUAUAGCAGAGCAAACGUGACCCGUGGUUUCCCCUGUGCCCAGCAGGAGUGUGGGGCCGCCUCAGUUCAACUCACUUCCACGGUGUCUACAGCUCCUGUCUGCUGUUCCUGAGCGUCAAUGACAAGACGAGGAACGGCGCACGUUUGAGGGAUAAAUAGGAGUUUGUGGAUUUUUUUAUUUUGAUUAAUUUAAAUGCGAGGAUAGCUGAAGUUAAUACAAUUCUUGCAAAGUAUUUUAAGCAUCUGUAUUUAUUUUGAGCAUUUUUAAUUUAUUAUAGCUAUAUCUGAAUUUUUGAAAGAACCAAACCUGUAAAUACAGCGAGGUCGAGGGACGACCGUGCCGUUGAGCUUUUACCGACCGCGACUUUGGAGACGCGAACACGUCACGGUUGCGCUCCCGGCGGCGUGUACGUUGGGGAGCCAGUGUAUUUGAGGAACCCUCUGGAACAGUAGGUUCUGUGAAGGCGAUGCCCGAAGCCCAGUCUCGACCCCCCCCCCACACCCUGAAUGCAGUAACGACCUAUGGCACCAGUCCACCCAUGUGGCUGGAGGCAUUUCCGUGAAGAGCCUCUUUCCCGGCGCCGUGGCACCGUGUGUCGCGCCGAGCGGGAAGUGGGCGUACGUACAGUAAAUGCUCAUACGUGGCAUUGCGCUUAUCGACACACUCGGUGGUAAUCUGAACCGUGUUCAGCAAACUCUUAUUCCUCUUCCCUUCUUUCGUAGUUCUUCCCGUUGUCUCAGGCGCAUGUGUGUAACUCGCGUGUUGCUUGACAUGAAGUUCAAUGUGGCUUUGCUGGACCUUUCCCGCUUUUCUGUCCUGUCCCGUCACGACUCCGUCCACUUGUGUCCUCCAGUGUCUGACCGCUCAGCUCAUCGCUCGUAGAGUAGCUAAUCUGUGGCGGUGUCGUCCAAGUGUACCGAGGGUGUAGGCAGCGCCCUCAUUUUUGUUCUAGGAUAGCAUUUUUUCCUGUGUAGAAAUAUUUUUAAAAAUUCCUAUUUAUUAUCGGCUCGCUCUAACACAGCCGCAUCGGUGUUAAUUGUUAAAGCCGUAAAAAGCCUUGGUGCAGAACCAGCCGAAGGAGAGCCGACGGGAUGCUGGGUGCCCACCGUGACCAAAGGUUUUGCCCAUUCGAACCCUUGUGGGUCCCGAUCCUGUUCCGGUGCCAUUGCUCUGGGGGCCCCGGCUGCCAAAACAAAUUAUAUAAUGGAGUAUUAAAUGUCAACCCCCCCCCACACCCCCACCCCAAGGCGGACCGGCAUGCACCGGGUCUCCGUUCAGCCUUGCUGCUUUCAGGGGGGCCUUUUUAAUCCCUUAUGAACCUUUAUUAGCUACACCUCUCAAGUUACCCCAAAAAACUGCAGUAAAAUAAGGUAUUUACUUAUGACCAUGUAGCAUGGCAUAAACAGCUUAGAAAAAUAAGGUGCGAUUUCAUGGCUCUCACAGAAUUCAAGCUGCUGGAGGGGAAGGGGGGGUUAAAUGCAAGUCAUUUUUUCCCCUCAGCAAGACACAAGUCGCCUGUUCUCAAGGUGACAUUGCCGUCCCAGAAGCUGGUGGUGUGUGAGGUCUUUGUAGUGUAGAUGUGUUUCACGUUAAUUUGCCAAGGAAACAGUGAUACAUUGCAGGGUAAACUUGCUCUGUGUGUGUGUGUGUGAGAGAGGAGCCUUAGAGGCCAAGUAGGACUUUCAUUGCUAAGUAGUAAAGUUGACUCGUGAGCUGAGCAGUCCAACCUUAGUGGGUGGAGUUUAAUGCUCAAAGGUUCAACGGUAAAACAGCAGUGGGAUAAAGAGGCGGCUGCAGGUUUAGUGUCGCCAAGUACAGUUCUCUUCCAUUUUAAAACUUCUGUACAGGCUUUGUGUGACCCUCCACGCCGAGGCCUCUGCGGAAUAGUCUAGAAACGUGAGCCCAGGUGUCGUUCAGAAACCCCUGUAGCACCAGUGCCAUUGCUUCAUAGUACCGCGUUUGAUGUACUUCCAGUGUUUUGUAUAAGAGAUUGAAAUUUGGAACUUCCAAAUAAAAAAUAAAAU